AUGGCGAUGAAACGAAAUGGAAAGGCUCCUGUCUCCUCCGACUCUGAAGAAAGAGUCAUGUUAUUCAAAGAUGUCUCUCUAGGUCCGCAUGCAGCUCAGUUGCGCUUCCGACUCAUCCAUUUCUGGGAGGCUCGGAACCCGAUCAAGAAGACGCUUAUUGGCCUCGAAAUGCUCCUCAUCGACGAGCAGGGGACUGUUAUUCAAGGAUUCAUCCCACCGGGGUGUAUUAAAAAAUACUUGCCUGAUAUGAAACAAGGGUCAGUUUAUCAACUCGACAACUUCUACGGAUCAAAAAACAAACUGGUGUAUCGGGUUGCUGAUCAUAUCGCAACCGUGUCUUUCACAUGGAACUCUGAGAUGUCGGUUCUCCACGAGGUUCCCAUCUCAUUUGAUGAAGACCGUUUCAGGUUUCACUCAUAUGAAGAUUUUGAAGCUAACUGUGAUCUCAAAGGUGACCUCUACGAUGUUGUUGGCCACAUGAAGUUGGUCAACGGACAGACUCUUACUGGACGUCCCAUCCUUGACGAAGUGGAGAUAGCAACCUCUCGGCACAUUAUGGUUCAUGUGCAAUCACAUGAUGGACCUGUGAUGAAGCUUUACCUUUGGGACCAGGCUGCAACAGACUUCUGCAAGAAGUUCAACUCCUGUGCAAACACUCCCACAGUGCUUUUGGUCACGACCGUUAACACUAAACGUCUCGGAGGUACUCUUGCCCUGACAUCUAUGUCCUCCACACGGGUCUUCAUGGACUAUGACGUCCAACCAACCAAAGAUUACUUCACCUGGCUUGGCUCUAACCCAGAGAUCGCUAAGCAGGUUAGUGCAGAGGUGGUAACUAAGCGUGAGACGCUAACUAUUGCAGACAUAUUCUCUUACAUGACUCAGGAAUCUGCAAAGGAUGCCUUUUUUGAGUGCACGGCUACAAUCGAUGAUGUUGUGCAUGGCUCUGCUUGGUACUAUAUUGCAUGCAGUGUGUGCCAUAGUAAGGCUACCAAGGGAGAAACUUCGUUGAUUUGUACGAACAGAAGAUGUGAAAAGGUCAACACAACUGGUGUUGCACAGUACCGUGCAAAGAUUUCUGUUUAUGACAACAGUGAACAAGCAUUUUUUGUCCUUCUUGGUGAUGCUGGUCGUGAGUUGACUGGGAGGCACGCAUCCGAGUUGGCUAAUAAAAACAAAGGACCUGACCAUGAGGUGCCUGUCCCGGAAGCUCUGAUCAGCACCAUCGAAGAGACACAUAAGUUUUGUGUCAAAGUUACAGAUCACAACUUCUCAGGCAACACCAGAGCUAUUACUGUCACCAAGAUCCUCUCUGUAGACAAACCACCGCCCACAGAAGCCUCGGUUGAAAACAACAUUGCUGCAACGUCCGAGGAAACAAUGCAGACUGGAAAUGAAGUGUGUGAACCUUCUAAAAGUCGUGGAGGUUCUGCAAAUGAGGAGAGUAAGAGGACCUGUGCAAGUGCUGAUCCAGAGAAAUCUAAGCGCCCAAGAUGUGAGAAGUAG